AUAGUUUGUAUUUGUUGAAUGAAAUAAACUGCCGCAAGUUUUGUGAAUUGUGAUGAUUUAGAAAGUAAUACUUCCGUAUUCAUUAUUAUACAAUAGACCUAAACAUAUAAAUGUUGCAUUUUAAGUACUCUAAAUCUACUACUUCCAUGAGUGAUAAUCGUAUAGGAAACAAAUGUUGUUGUGUUGUUUUGUUAUAACAGUAAACAUUACAAACUGCCGUUAUUCGCCAACUCACAUCUGAGUUGAAAAUAAUUAAAGCAUGCGUCGGUCAAAGGGUUAUCAAGAUUUAGACGAAAAUGCUAGUGAAUUACGGCAGCCUGUGGCACCAAUGCCACCACCGCAAGAAAUUGAAAUGGCUUCUGUAUCAGUCGUCCCUGAUGAUACUUUUACAGUGACACAAGCAGUGAAUGCAUUGGGAUUUGGAUGGUUUCAGGUGAAGUUAUCUCUGUAUACUGGGUUAUGUUGGAUGGCAGAUUCCAUGGAAAUGACUAUAUUGAGUAUAUUGUCACCAGCAUUACACUGUGAAUGGAAUAUAAGCAAAUAUCAACAAGCUCUUACAACUACAGUAGUUUUUAUGGGCAUGAUGCUUAGUUCUACAUUUUGGGGUAACAUUAGUGAUAGAUAUGGCAGAAAAAUAGCUUUAAGCAUGUGUGGAGUUUUACUAUUUUACUAUGGUCUACUGAGUGCUAUAGCUCCUAACUUUCUAUGGCUGCUGUUUUUAAGAGGCCUUGUUGGAUUUGCAAUAGGAUGUGUUCCACAAUCAGUAACAUUGUAUGCUGAAUUUUUGCCGACCAAACAACGCGCGAAAUGUGUUGUUCUACUUGAUUGUUUCUGGGCUUUAGGGGCGUGUUUGGAAGUUGCCGUAGCACUAGUAAUAAUGCCAACUCUUGGUGUACACUGGCUGCUAGCAUUAUCCACCAUACCAUUGCUUAUAUUCGCAAUUAUAUGUCCUUGGCUUCCAGAAUCAGCUCGCUUCCAUGUAGCCAGCGGUCAGCCCGAUAAAGCGUUAGCUACACUUGAAAAAAUAGCUCGAGACAAUGGACGUCCUAUGUUGCUGGGACGUCUAGUAUGCGACGAUUCAGUCGGUAUUGGUCAGCGAGGUCGGCUAAAGCACCUUUUGAUACCUCACUUACGGAAUACUAGCUUGCUGCUGUGGGUUAUAUGGAUGUCAUGCGCGUUCUGUUACUACGGGCUAGUGCUGAUGACGACGGAGCUGUUUGAGGUGGGCCCGAGCGGCGGCGAGCAGACGUGCGCCGCGGACUGUCGCCCGCUGCAGACUACCGACUAUAUGGACUUAUUGUGGACUACCCUCGCUGAAUUCCCUGGCAUAUUUGCUACAAUUUUUAUUAUUGAGAAAUUUGGUAGAAAAAGAACUAUGGCGAUACAAUUUGUUAUCUUCGCGAUGUGCGUUUGUCUUUUGAUAUAUAAUACCAACCGUACAUUUUUGACGUGCAUUCUAUUUCUGGCUCGCGGUAUCAUCGCUGGCUUAUUCCAAGCGGCCUACGUUUAUACUCCAGAGGUGUACCCAACAGCGUUACGUUCUACAGCAGUUGGUGCUUGCAGCGGAGUCGCCCGGUUGGGCGCUAUGGUAACUCCAUAUGUUGCACAGGUUCUACUGAAAAACUCAAUUGUUAUCGCGAUCGGAGUGUACUCGCUAGCAGCUCUGUUCGCUGCAAUAGCGUGUCUCGCACUACCCAUAGAGACGAAAGGCAGAGAAAUGAGGGAUACCAUUACGGCUACAAGCUAACUGCCCAAGACUGAACAUUUAUACAAUUUGAUAUAUUUUAUGUAACCGUUAAUGUUAACCACUGAAUUAUGUAUAUGAUUACCUUGUACUACACUCCUAAUUAGGUACUGAUAUUUAAAGGAACAUCCACACAUAUAAAAUAGCUUUUCUUGUUUUUUUCCGUCUAAAUA